UGAAGCACCAUGCUGACUACGAAGCGCAUGGCUGAUGUGGGCUACCGCCUGUUCUCCGGCUCCAUGAUGCUCCUCACCGUGUAUGGAGGCUACCUGUGCAGCAUGAGGUUCUAUCGCUACGUGCAGCGGCAGAAACAGCUCCAGCUGGAAGCCCAGAACCAAGCAAUAGACCCAGAGGUGGUCAAGGACUGAGCCGUCUGGUCAUCAGUAUAAUCUUCAAAACAGACAUUAAAUUAUCGUGUCACAUGGGUGGAACAGAAGUCGACCAGAGGAGAUUUCACCCCAAGAAAUGCGUGAAGCUCAGCUCCACCUCUGUGGAUAACAACUAUAACCUUUUUAUGCAGGGAAGAAUGUAAAAACGGUGUUUGUCUCACAGCCUGUGGUUUAUGUAUGGAUGUCAUAUAUUAAAUGGUGUGCAGUUAAAACUGUU